GUGCGGAGCGCGAGCCGUGGUCGGUUCCUGUCUGAGGGAGAAGAAAGGGAAGAGUGCGUGAGGAGGGAGGGGAGAGGAGAGGGUAGCGGCGCCGGACAGGGGGCAGUUCACCUCGAAGGCAUCCGAUUGGAUUCACAGCGGCACGGGACUCUGUGUGUGUGUGUGUGCUUCUCCCCGGCUCUUGCAGGAUGUCUCAGCGUGUACGCCGGAACGGGUCACCGACGAGCGGGGGUAGUACCGGCUGCUGUGCUGGUGGUAGUAAUAACAGUGGAGGUGGUGGUGGUGUCGGCCGACCGCAGCCCAUGAGGGCUACCGUGCCGUUCCAGCUGAAGCAGGGCAGCCCAACGAGGUGUGUUGGUGGAGGGGGGCGGCAGCAGCAGCAGACGGCCGCCUCUCGGAGCAGCCCCACCAGGACUCAGCAACAACAGACGAUCGCGGCCUCUUCGCGGGGCAGUCCCACCAGGACACAGCCGCACCAGGCGGCCACCAUUACUGCCACCACCUCUCCUUGCUCGUCGCCCACUUCUUUGUGGGCCCCAGGAGCAGAUUCUUCACGAGUCCGGCACAGGAAAUCUCCAGAACACCGGGGCUCCCCAGAAAGGAAGAGCCCGAACUCUCCCAUCUACAAAGUUGAAAGAUCACGUCAGUGUUUGGUGAGUCCCUCCAGUAGUAUUCGUCGAACAUCCUCGUUGGACACCCUUGCAGCUCCGUACCUCACUGGUCAGUGGCCACGUGAUGUCCAUAGCCAUUCUGCUCCUUGUAUGAGAGAUAAAGCAACACAGACUCCAAAUGCCUGGGCAGAAGAGAUCUCUGAAAAAAAGAAAGGAUCUCACAAACGUUCAGCAUCCUGGGGAAGCAAUGACCAGUUGAAAGAGAUUGCAAAGUUACGUCAACAACUUCAACGCAGCAAACAGAGUAGUCGGCACCACAGAGAUAAAGAGAGGCAAUCUCCUUUCCAUGGCAAUCAUGCAGCUAUUAACCAGUCACAGGCACCCAUUCCAAAGACUAUUUUGAUUCCAGUAACAAUUCCUAUUUCAAAGUCGAGUGUUCCUCGUUUCCGCAACAGUGUUGAGGGUCUUAACCAAGAGAUUGAAAGGAUUAUCAUCAAGGAAAGUGGGGACAAAGAGGAGCAGGUGAUGGUUCUGCAGGAUACUCCAGAUGGUCAUCGUGCUCCAUUUCCCAUACAGCAACGAAGCAGCAGUACUCGUAGUAUUGAUACUCAAACCCCAUCAGGAAUGGAUCGGAGCAGUACCAGCAGCAGCAGAUCCCAGUCUGUCUCGCCAACGUUCCUUGCUAUAGCCAGUGAGGGUAAUGGAGAGAGUCCAUGCUAUACUGAUGAACUUCUUACAGACAGCAAAGAGAAAGAGAGUGGGACUAGUUCUCCACUACCAAAGUAUGCCUCCUCCCCAAAACCGAACAACAGCUAUGACUUCAAACGAGAACCACCUGAAGGGUGCGAGAGGGUGAAAGCCUUUGAGGAAACUUCACCAAAGCAGCUGCAUGAAAUUCCCCAGUUCUUCUGUCCAGAUAAAAACAAAGUGAACUUUAUACCAAAAAGCGGUUCUGCUUUCUGUCUGGUCAGCAUCCUGAAGCCACUUCUACCUACGCAAGAUUUGACAUUGAAGAGCUCCAAUCACAGCAUCAUAGUCCCAGCAGCAGUCAUACCGACGGUAUCUCUUGCACAACCGCUGCCAACACAUCUGGAGCAAGACAGAAUUUCCAGAGGCACCUGCAUGGGCCACGUGCAGUCUUCAGUACACCAGCAUUCAGCACAGACAGAAGAGUUGGAGAAAUGAACCAGUGAAGCUGGCCUUCACUGGGGAAACCUACAGCAGCAUCACAUAUCUGCAACUUGGCAAUAAGGUUUCCAGCCCAGGGUACAUUCAAUG